GCGUAUUUAGAAAAUUUAUCAAGAAAUAUAACGAUUAAAUGUGUAUCUAUUUGGUAACAGAGAAAAGUAGCGAAGGUGUCUCACCAAUACAGACAGAGGAGGAAAAAUAUCAAAUUCGCAAGAAGGAACUUCAAGGCGACCUGAUUAAAUUCUACAGAAAAAGGUGUAGUUCAAUACCUCUCUCACCGUUUGUUGAAGAAACAGAGACACCACUAGCUGGGUUCUACGUGAUGCCAGAUAUAGUUGCUGUUGAACAAAAGCCCCUAACUUGUCAUGAAGUGGUGAGAACACCGAUCAAAUUGAGAGACUUGUUUUCAACCGAAAGUGAAGAUCAGCAAGAAAUUUAUCUAUCAGCUGAUGCAGGCUUUGGAAAAACUUCUUUCUCAAAAUAUCUUGCAGUCACGUGGUGUCAAGCUCAUUGUCACGAUAAAAACUACGCCUGUUUUAAAGACGAUGAUAUAAAAUUGUUAGUUGACUUUCAGUUCUUGUUUUUGGUUUUAUUAAGAGAUUGUACCUCUGUUUGUAGCAUUGACGAUAUGAUUGAACAGCAACUUACUAAAAGACUUCCGUCCUCUGCACCACUACAUGAAGUUUUACGUAGAGAAAAAUGCUUGAUUAUAUUGGACGGUCUUGAUGAAUGGACUCACCCUGAUAAUAGCUGUAACGAAGUAACAGAAAAAAUCCCACAUCGGUACGUUCGUGAUAAUUGUGUUGUCCUAACGACAACUCGACAAUGGAAGCUUGGAGUGGCACAUCUCAAAACAAGUCAAAUAAACAAAAAAGUAGAAUUGGUUCAGUUAAGUGCAGAUUCUACGAGGCAACUAGAAGAAAAUGCUAUAAGAAAAAUGACCGGUGUCCGUGACGAUAGAGUACUGAAGAGUAAAAUAGAGGAAUUUAAUAACGUGAUACGUAAAUGUGGCCUAGAGCACAUGCAAGUGAUUCCACUCCUCCUCAUGUAUAUAGUUUGCCUAUGGUGCAACAACAUUCCAAUAGGAAAUUCAAAACAUGAAAUUUACACCAAUAUCAUUGAAUUUCUAUUAUUGAGAACGUCACAGAAAAACCCAGAAGUUCAACCUUCUCGGGAAUCCUCUACCAGUGAAAUUCCAGAAUACUUCAAAAGUCGUAAAUUUUGUAAAAAGUUUUACAGUCUUAUAACAUCAUUAGCAGAACUAGCAUUCCAAACAUUAUUUAACGAAAACAAAGAAAAUACGCUGGUAUUUGAUAGAACGGUUGCUGAAAAAUAUCUCAAGGACGACAUGAAAUUAAGUCUUCUCUCAGGAAUAUUAUCAGAAAGUAGAAACAAUACUUUAAUCAAAGAAAUUAUCAAAGUAUCGUUUUCUCACAAAUCAGUGCAAGAAUUUUUUGCUGCAAUAUUUAUAAGUUCUCAAAGUGACGCUCAGAAAACAGUUCUAGAAAACUGUAGAAAUGUUCAAGACAUUCUGGACUUGUCAAUUUUUUUUGAAUUUAUAAGUAAAAUGAAUGCUGACCUGAUGUGUGCAAUAUCAUAUGAUUUGAUGUCUGUGAUAAAUGAAAACGAGAACACACGCGUUUACAGAACUUGGAUAGGUGGCGGGCUCUACGUGUACAAUAAUCCAUUGCUUGACAUUCAGAAAAUGUUUUUGUCGUGUUUACAAGAAAUGACUGAAAGUGAAAAUAUUCAAUUAUGUUUACAAGAUUUCUUUAUUGACUCGGAAACCGAGAAAAGUGAGCAGUUACAACGUUUGUUUAAACAAAAUAAAACUAACAUAAAAUCACUUUAUAUAGACAUCAGCGAUACUUCCAGCGGUUUACGUGGAAUUAUAGAUAUAUUCUCUCUCACAGAUCUCAGGCAUAUACAGAAACUUUACUGCUAUGGUGGCAGCGAGCACGAGGCUGAGAUAAAUCUGAUUUUGUUUCCCAGUUUACAGACUUUAACUUUAUUUUCAGGUAAAUGGACAAAUUAUGAAGAAAAUAUGUAUGAAAGCUUGGAGCGAUACCACAACUUACAAUAUUUAUUUAUUGAACUCUUCACGUUAUCACACAAAAUACUGGAAACAAUUUUCAAUUUUAUCUCCGGUCAAAAAUCAAUGAAAAAGUUAACAUUGAGUUUGUUAGACUGUAAAGAUAAUGGCGGGCAUGAUUGUAAGAGAUUGAACUUGGACUUGUCUAAGCAUUCAACUCUAUCAGAGUUAUACCUUAAGAAGUUACCUUGCAGGCUACAAUUAAAUAAAUUAACACCGUCAUUAGUUAAAUUUUCGUUGCUGGGAAUCAAUCUAGAUGAAAGUUUAUUGUUACUGUCACGUAACAUGUUGAAUAUUGAACGUGUGGAUUUGGAGGAGAUAGAAAUGCCUGCAGGAAGUUUUCAGAACUUUAUUACCGUGCUGAAAAAUCUGCCGCAGUCAGUUACAGUAAAGAUGCAUGCCAUUACACCGUACACAGAAUAUCAACGUGUUAGAGAAAAUAUUCGGAGAUCAAAAGCGUUUCAUAUGAUAGAUGACGGCGACAACUUGUGGGGAAUUAAGUUCAAAACAAUAAAACUAAGCAAAGAAUAGACAAGACAAAACUUGUAAAAUAAAAUAAAGACAUUAAUUCAAUGAUUUUAAAUAAAUGGACAUUUAGAAACAAAAUGACGAUUACUAACUACACUAUAUAGUCUAUUAUAGAUCUAGUCUUUUAAUUAGGGCAUUCAUGUUCUUACAUUUUCAGUUAAGAGAUUAAGUGACAAUUGAUAAUAAAUACAAACAUUUAAAUGAAACAAAUAAUUCAAGUUAAAUGUAUAUAAAAGUUGGAUUGGGAUAUGGA